UUGCUAGUUUCUGUUGCGCAACUUAGGUCGUCGCUGCGAACGUUAACUCAUUUCAGCAGUUUGUUUUUGAUUUUCAGGUAAUUCUUACCGGUAAAAAAUUUCGAUAAACAUACUCAACGGCUGAACUGCGUGAGUGUAAACUCCAGCUAGCGGAGCGUGUCCACUUCUCCGUUCUUGGAAAAAUGGAAGGUCAGCCCAUUGACUGUUGUCUUAUGUCCCAGAUACCUUUUCCGCCGAUGCGUGGUGCAGAAGGUGGGAUACCAAUACUGUUGGCUGGCACUCUCCAGUAGUUCACAGGCACUUACAACAAUUUUGGGAUAAAUUCUGUCCAGAGUCGACGCCAGAGAAACUAGUCUUCGUGCCGCUCUGUGGCAAAUCUCUUGACAUAGCUUGGAUGUAUUCCCAGAAAUCCUGUACCGUUGUGGGCUGCGAGCUUUCCGAGACGGCUCUUAAGGCUUUCGUCACAGAACAUCCGGAUUUGCGUAUGCUUCGAUCGACCGUUCAGUUCAGGGAUGGACGUCAAAUUACUCUGUUCCAUACCCCUGAUAGGCGCAUCCGACUGUAUUUGUGUAAUCUCUUCGAUAUGGACAAGUCAUCCGAGCCACCGUUCAAAUUCAUAUGGGACAGGGGAUCUUUGGUCGCGAUGGCUCCGUCACAACGUCCCAACUAUGUGAACCAUAUGUCCAAGCUUGCGGCAUCAGACGUUCGUUGGCUUCUGGAGACAAUCGACUAUCCCGAGGGAAUAUACGGCGGCCCACCAUGUCGUAUUACAGAUGGGGAAUACGACGCGCUCUUCGGGUCUGGAUUUAUUUCGGAACUACUGGCUGUGGAUGAUCUAAAGAAUAGUCUUUUCGCAAAUGCCGCCUAUUGCUACGUUCGGAUUACUCUUCUGGUAAAGAAAUCUGUGUAAUUGGUGGGAACUCCCUGAUUCGACGCGAAUAAAUGGGAGAAGAGUUACGACCCGGACAUUGCAGACUGAUGGAUUACACUCCCUUUGGAUAUGUUUCUGUUGCUUCUCCAUCGUGAACAUCGAGAUGUCUAUAGCUGAAUUAGCCAGAUUGGGAUCACUGAACUUUUUGAGUUUUUUUUUCUAACCUAAUUUGAAUGUCACCACUGUACGUGCGACAAAAUACUAUCCGCA